UCUCCCUGUCCUGGGCUCUGUGGCACAUGAACAAUAUGGUCCAAAACUGAGGCAGCUCUGGCUCUGUGAAGAUGCUCUUAUGGAUCAUUAGCUAUAGACUAGUGUUUCUGCCAAAAAAAUUUAUGGGAAUGAAAUUACAUCACGUGACCUGUUGUCACACACACGCACACACACACACAUACAGUGUACAUAUACUACGGGCGUGCAACAUGCACCACCUAGCGCAUGCAAUUACUUACAUGGGUCUUUAGUUCUCUUGAAAGGUAACAGGCGACAAGAGUUGUUGUGCGGGCGAAGUUCUGUGACUCCUUUAAGUGAUCUAGCUGCACUCACGGCCCUGCGUGCGUGCCUUGGAACUCGGCUCGGAUUCGUGUGAAGUUCAGGACGUUGGGCAGGAGGCGCCAUGUCCAGGCAGACCUCCAGACCUGCUGAUCUCGACACUCAGCUCAAGGACAUCCGUCGGCAGCUGAACGACCAGCUCGGCUGUCUAGACUUUCGUAUGGAGUCCAAGUUGUCUCUGCUGGCGGAGUUCCAGGAGUUCUUCAAGAAGAGAGGCGAGGUGGAGUAUGAGUAUGCUCGCAGUCUGGAGAGACUGUGUGAAAAGUUCGAGCGGAGCACGAAGCAGCGGAACCUCAGGAACGAGGUUCGCUCCAGCUUCAACCUCUGGUCCACUGUGCUGGCAGAGACGAGGAAGCUGUCGCGCGAGAGGGCCAGUUUGGCGGAGACUCUGGCGUCAGAGAUGGUGGCGCGACUUGAUAUCAUGGCCAAAGAUGUUCACAUCCUCACCAAGAAGUGCAGAGAGAUAUGUGCAGAGGUGCAAGAUCACUUUCUGAAGGAACUCCGAGACCUUGGAGAGCAAACGAAGGUCUACCACCAUUCCUGCUAUAAUACACAUGAAGCAGAGGUGAAAUUUAUAAAGAGUCACGAGAAGGUUGAAGCUGCGCGCAACGCCACUCAGAAGAAGAAAGCGCUGGGGAAAGAAGCUGAGAGGAACAGGCAGUACAAGGUCCAGAAACACCUGGUGAUGAAGAACAGGAAUGACCUUCUGGUCGACAUCUGCAAGUGCAACUCCUUCUCAAUGCAGUACUUCAACAUGGACAUAAUGGACAUCAUUGAGUACAUGGACUAUGACUACCACGUCUCGUUUGAGAGGCUGGCUAUGGCGUACAAGGAUGCAGAGGCAGAGUCCUGUGAGGCUGUCAUGGCCUGUGCUCGCAGUGUCAUGGACCAGGCCAAGGGUCUCAACUUUGAAAACGAUCUCCACUACUUUCUCUCCGAGAAUCCCGGGCCUUUCACUCCCCCCAACCCCUUCUCCUUCCAGCCUUAUGACGGAGACGACGUGAUGGAGUACAAGGUGAACACCCAGGAUGUGUUUGAGAGAGCCAAGAAGACAGUGGAGAGCAUCCACUCUAACAUCCAGACUCUAGAAAUACAGAGAGAAGAGGAUGCGAAGACGGUGCUGCAUAUGGAGCAGGUGAACCUCAAGAAAUAUAGGAUCACUAGUGUGGAAGAUGCUCUGUCAGUACUGGAGGAGGCCGGGGAUGCUAUGACAGUGGAUACUGGAGGCCAAUCCCGCGGCUCUGCCUCAUUGGACAGAGGUCUCGCGUACCAAACCAGAGCCAGUCAGGCCAUCACCCUCAGUCAGCGCGGCAAGAAAGACGCUCUCCACUUUACUCUUGGUGUACGUCUGUUUUUGUCUGUUUAUCUCUUCCGUUUUCCUUACCACUGGUUCCUGCAGGUGCUACAGAGAAGAGUUAGCAGGUCGGACAAGCUGGCUUUAGCUCACUCUCAGUUGGAUAUUCUUGAGAAAGCUCUCGACGAGCAGAAAAUUCCCCCAGUCGCAGUAGGAGUGGAUGCCUCUGUGCCGGGGGAGGUCCCGAAGCUGUUUGGAGGAAAUGUGGUGGAGUACCUGAAGGCCACAGGGAGCGAGAUUCCUCUCAUUGUCUCCAGCUGCAUGCGAGCCAUCGAGAAAGAAGGGCUCAAGAUGGAGGGACUCUUCAGAGUUCCCGGACCUGCAGCCUACACAGAGGAUCUCCGCAAGGCAUUCGAGGAAGGUCGUGACCCUCUGCUCUAUGUGAGCAAUAAAGUGGACAUUGCAGGAGUGGCCAGCGUUCUCAAAGGCUAUUUCAGAGAGCUUCAAGUGCCUCUCUUCCCGACUGAUAACUACAAGGCCUUCAUCAACUGCACACGACAGGAUGAUGUCACCAGUCGGCUGGAAAGCCUUCAGAACACACUGACUCUAGUCCACCCGGCAGUCUUUAAGGUCAUGAAACAUCUCUUCAAAUUCCUCUUCAGAGUCUCACUGCACAGCUCUGACAACAAGAUGACGUCGGCCAACCUCGCGCUGGUCUUUGGUCCCACUCUCACCCGUGCCCCGCCCGACGCAGACCCCAGACAACUGCACAACGAUGUCCCGUCAGUCAACAUGCUCAUCCAGCUCUGUAUUGACCACCACUUGCAGGUGUUUGGUGAGGAGGAAGAGGAAGAGGAAGACUCUGCCAUGAUGGCUCCACCUCCGUCCUAUUCCCCUCCUCACGAGAGCCCCACAUGGCCAGCUGAGGGCAUUGUCUCCCCCCCUCCCACCCCCUCCUCCUCUCAGACCAAGGAAGAAGAGACAGUGGUCUCUCCUCCAACCCAGGAACCUGUCAAUUCCCCACCUCCUCCUCUUCCCCCUCAUGAUCCUAAGCCUCCCAUCUCUCCUCGUCCACCAUAACACCUGAGGAAGUUCAACAGCAGCCAUCUGGUUUACUGUCUCCUGAUGAGGGUGGGCUCCAAUUGGAGAAGCCAGACUCUCCCUCUGCACAGGCAGAGGGAGAGAAGAAAGAUGACUUGAACACAGUGUCUCUCUCUGGAGAGUGGUCGGCACUGGACAACACAGUAAAGGACAUUCAGGCCAGUGUGGAGGAGCUGGCUGCUGGGGGAGACGAGGAAGGUGGAGAGGAUGGGAAAGAGGAGGCCGCGAAAAAGACACAUGGUUUGGACUCAGAGAGUGAGUCGGAGGAAGACGAAGAGGGUGAAGGAGUCAUGUCAGUGAGUGCCCGAGCACUCCAUGAUUACACUGCCCGCAGCGACAAGGAGCUGAGUUUCAAGAGAGGAGAUAUGUUGAAGGUAGUAGAGAAGAGCCCGGACGGCCACUGGUGGGAUGGACUGUGUGGCAGCAACAGGGGCUUCAUUCCCGUGGCCUAUGUGGAGAUCAUCGAGCUCGAGCUGCAGACACCCUCCGCCACCUCCGACACUGCAGCUGUCCCCCCUCCCCCCACCAGGAAGUCCAGUAUGCAGGAGGCUAGGGAGGAAGAAGCUGGGAAGGUGAGCGAGGCACCAGUUGAUGCCAGCAUUCCGGAGCUCCCUGCACGUGAGGGGCAACCCUGAGCCACCCAAAGUGACUGUGACAGCUGAUGCAGAGACAAAGGAGGAAGAUGAGGAACUGGAGGAGAAAGUGUCCUCGCCUGAGCCUGUGAAACAGGAGCCACCAGCCAGCAAGCCUGCAAUCACUGUUUUCGUCUGUCAAGAGUCUCAGCAGCAAGUUCACUGCACCGCCUCCACCCGCACAGGUCCUAGUCAGCCCAUAUCGCAAACACGUGGACCUAAGUCCUCGCAAGUCAUACGACCCGCCAUCAUCAGCUGGUAGCACAGAGGAAGGAAUUUCUCGCUCGGCGUCAACAAGUAGCGGACGAGUCUCGCAGCUGGCGGAGCAGCUGAAACAGAAGAAUCCCCCACCCCCAACGAAGCCCCGCCCACACUCCCACACAGUGAGCCCAGGAGCAGACCAUGCAAAGACUUCAUUCCACAUCACUCCUCACUCGUCCACCACGGGGAGCCCUCUCCAGCAGGCCCAGCUCGGCAGCCAACUGGCUCAGAAGCCGACAGGCAAGACCCCAUCCAAAGGCCGGGGCUCACGCAGGGACAAGAAGGAAGAGAGACCGCCUCUGCCCACCAAACCGCUCGUGAAGCCUCCUCCUCCAGCGAAGGCACCGACAGAGCUACGAGCUGAGCUUCAAGCAGCAGUGGGGAAAAGAAGGCCCACUGACUAGAAGCCACCUUUUGUUUGUGUAAAGUUUUAUAAAAUUCACGGCAGCAGCUGCUUUCUACGGCUGUGCCCUGCACACUCACUCUUUAAAAGUACCGAUCAUUUACAUGUAUGAAUUUGUAGGAAUAAAUUAUUUUUGAACUGA